CUACAAUGUUAUCAGCUUCAUAUAAAGAUAAAUCAAAGUCAAUAAAACACAGAAAUAGUCUCUUAAAUCACCGCAAAAGGGUGAAGUAAUGAUCAAAUUUACUAAGUCCAAACUAGGGGCAUUGUUGCUUCUUUUCAUGACAGCAUGUUUUUUAAUGCAGCGCAUUUCUAUCUUACAAUAUCAAAACAGGAAUAAUUCAAACUCGGUGUUUCUAGAGAUAUUACACCCUACAUCUGUACAUUCCAUAAAUGGACAAAAGAAAUACAAAGAUUUUUCUCCACAGUUGACAACUCCGGAAACUAAGCCCGUUGCUUGUAUGGUUUUCAAUGGCAGACUUGGGAAUCUCAUGUUUAAAUACGCAUUUCUCCACAUCAUAUCAAAAUCUAAGAAUUUGUAUCCUAUUCUUCCGGAGAAUUUUGAACUGAGUAGAUAUUUCUAUUUACCGGAGUACGAAUCUCAGGAACAAAACAGCAGACGACAAGAUUGUGACAAGAUUAAAGAGCGGGAAAUCGAGAGAUGGUCGUGCUCAUAUGACGACAAAUUCACGAAUUUAACCGAAAAAAAGGAAGUGUAUUUCCAUGGGUAUUUCCAGUCUUGGAAAUAUUGGACAAAAUAUGAAGAAGAAAUAAGGGAAAUGUUUACGUUCAAUGCAGAAAUUCGGGAAGAAGCAAGUGAUAAAUUAUUACAUGUACUCUCUGAAAUGGGAUAUGCAGAUUCCUCGGAUGACGUAGUCGUCGGUUUACAUUCAAGACGUGGUGAUUAUUUAUGGAAAGCUGCCAAAGAAUUCGGUUACGUCACGCCAAAUGAGACCUAUUAUUUGAAUGCUAUGGCAUAUUUCAGGAAUAAGUUCCCAAACCAACGUGUUUUCUUUAUUGCUGCUUCGAAUGAUAUCAACUGGUUACGCGGAAAACUUGGGAAGGAAGAGAAUAUUUAUUUCUUGGAGAACAAUCUUCCAUUCAUAGACAUGGCGAUACUAUCGUUAUGUCAUCACGUGAUCAUGUCGUCAGGGACGUUCGGAUGGUGGGCGGGAUGGAUGUCACGUGGUACUGUUGUAUACUAUAAACAUCUCUACACACCUGGGUCGUCAUUUUCUACCACCUUUAGAGGUGGAGACAUUGGUGACUUUAUUUACCCUGGGUGGAUAGGGUUAGCAUAACAAAACUUAAACUAUAUGUACAUAAACCAUAGUUUUCAUUUUCAUUGAUUUUAUUUUGUGUUGUCAUAAUUCAUAGUCACUAUGGAAACUGAACAAAUGCUUAUUUUAUUGUCAAAUAUAUCAUUACUUGUUUUUUGUUUUGUAAAAAUUUCAUGUAAAAAAUUCGAAAUCUAGUCUUUUAAUUUUUUUUUUCAAAUAAUUAUAACAGUCAUGCCUUACAUUUCCU